AUGCAGCGGGGUCGUCGGACUGGCAGGGACCGAAGCACCGCUCGACUGCUGCUGGUGAUUUCCGGACUGGAUGGUUUCAUCGCCGAAAGAAUCGGAGACGAGUGGUGGAGUGUUUUCGAUGUCAGCCAAAGUCAGCGGCCAAGACUUGGAGCUGACAGCGGGAGCCUGAGGCUCGACGAUCGUAGAUGGAAGGCUGGCAACGUGCAUCGUGAGACCAUGAUCGCCGUCAGCAUUGGCAAAAGGCAUCAUGGGAGCGCUCAAAGGUGCGCGUGA